AUGGACUUAAUAGCAGAACUGGAUGCGAAUCAACGUUUAUUUGAAAAUGGUAAAAUUAAUGAGGAUGAAUAUAAUAAACGUCGAAAGUCAAUAUUUGAUAGGUCUGUUGGGUCAACUGAAUCUAAUAAUUCUGACUCCAAUGUAUUUAGUAAACCAAAGAAUACGAAUUUAUAUGAAACACUUCAAUUAAAUCACAAUGCAACAGAAGCAGAAAUUAGAUCAAAUUAUAGAAGGCUUGCUUCUAAAUAUCAUCCAGAUAAGAAUGGCGGCAUCGAAUUAGAAGAGUGGAACAAGCUUUCAAAUGCAUACCAAAUCCUCUCGGAUACAAACAGUCGUUAUCUUUACGAUAAUUUUGGAACAGUAAGCAAUUCCUUAGAAAAUAAAACAUCACUCAAUCACUAUGUUGGAGGUGAUGCAUGGCAACCUUAUAUUGGUAACUUGGAAAUUGGUCUUUGGAUGUUUUCAAUUAUGGACCAUGAAAAUUCUCCAGAAAUGAAACAUAUGAAUACGCCUGAACAAAAAGAAUAUCGUCACAUAGUUCGUGUAUCUAACAUCGCCCAUUACCUACAAGACAAACUUACUCAAUUUCCAAAGCAAGCUAAUUCUUCAGAAUUUGAAUCAUAUGUAGAAAGUCUUCGUAAAGAAGCUCUAAAACUUUCUGUAGAACCUAAUGGCAAAUUGUUACUAUCUUUUUUGGGUGACAUUUACGUAACCAAAGCUCAAACAUACUUAAAUAAGUUUUCUGUGUCAAGCAUUAAGUAUUCUAGCCUUUUUAACAAUCUUAGAUUUAUGACGGGUAUGGUCUCUGGAUUUUUUGCUGCUAAAAGUAAAGAUAAGAUGAAUCAGGAUGAGAUUAACAAAGUAAUUUGGCAACUCUCUCAGUCGGAAAUUUCUUCUAUAGCUUGUGAAUCCUGUGACAAAAUUCUAUAUGAUAAAAUCCAUAAUGAUUUAGAUAUAAAAUCUAACUUUGCUAAGUCUUUACUUUUUUUGGGAAAUGUGUGGUUGGAAGUAAGCAAACAAUAA